GCGCCUUUUGACCUCACAUCUAUCCACUACCCGUACGAAAACACACGAUGGCCGACCACGAGCAGCAGCCAGCUACACAGGAGGAGGUUAAGACCGAGCAGGAUAACUCCCCGAUCAAUGUCAAGGUCGUGAGCUCGGUGGGCGAGGAGGUCUUCUUCAAAAUCAAGCGCAACACGAAGCUGAGCAAGCUGCAAGGCGCGUAUGCCACUAAAGUAGGGAAAGACGUGAACAGCAUCCGGUUCUUGUACGACGGAUCCAGAAUAAACGACGACGAUACACCAUCCUCGCUUGAGAUGGAGGACAAUGACACGAUCGAUGUUAUGGUGGAGCAGGUUGGCGGCGCAUGAAGCACGAAUCGUUCGAACCUCUAGUCUUUUUCUUGCAUAAUCGUACCCCAUACUCUGCCUACUCUGCCUGUAUUUCCGCUUUCGCUUUGGCAAGCCAGCUUUCUUGACCGUAUC